CAUUAUUCUAUUUAUUCUUUACACUAAAAAAUACAGAGUUAAAGAGAGAAAAAAAAUAGUGAAGAAAAUGGUGUUAAUUGAAAAGCUGUGGGAUGAUGUUAUGGCCGGACCUCAACCAGAUAAAGGCCUCGGCAAACUACGAAAGAGUAUAACUGUCAAAACUACUGGUGGGGAAGGUGGAGAAGGAUCAGGUAAGUACUACCAAAGGUCACUGUCGAUGUCGGGGAGCCCAACGACGCCGGGAACUCCGGUGACACCGACUACUCCGUCGCCAACGGCGGCGGCGAAGAAAGAGAAUGUGUGGAGGAGUGUAUUCAACCCUGGAAGCAAUAUUGCUACCAAGAGAAUUGGUGCUGAAGUCUUUGACAAACCCUCUCACCCCAAUUCUCCCACUGUUUAUGACUGGCUUUACAGUGGGGAGACUAGAUCCAAGCAUCAGUGAGAAGUAAAGAGAAGUUAUAUGUAAAUAACGUAUUUUCCGUUAGUUUCCUUUCCUUUUCUUGUGGGGAGAGUUGUUUUGCCACUGGAAAAUGGAAUAGUGAAUUUCAGUAUUAUGUUUUCUGCUGAGUAUUAUAAGUAUUAAUUAAGUACUAACUAGUUAUGUGUAAUUAGAUUUUGAAAGCUAACUUGAGCUUCAGUUGCUUUCCAGCUACUACUAAUAUAUGAAUUAGUAGUAGACUAGUAAUGUAAUGUUCUUUUGCUAUGUAUUUUGGAAUAAGAAGCUUUUUGUGUUUUUGUUA